CAAACAUUUCCACUCCUCCAAUCAUCGUUUGGAAAUCGAUGAAAAUCAGAGUCAAUGUUGAUCAAAAGACCAAAAACUCUCUCCUGCCUACUGUAGGUUUCUAAGACCGACUGAGGAGUCUGAAGAACCCAAUCCUAUGACAAUUACCCAAAAAAGAUUCAUGCUUGUGUCCCAAUCCCAACUUCUCUUUUUGCCCUUUUUUCUGCUUUCCGAACUUUCCGUACCUCGUCAAAAAGAAAUAAAAAAUGAGUAACUAUAGCACAUUGGAGCAUGUUCUCGAGGAAAUACUUCGAGUGGUCAAACCCCUGCAGGAGGAUUGGGAGACACGGACUCGAGUUAUUGAUGCACUACGAAGAGUAAUCGGAUCUGUGGAAAGUUUGAGAGGUGCACGAGUGGAGCCGUUUGGUUCAUUUGCGUCCAAUCUGUUCACAAGAUGGGCUGACUUGGAUAUAUCUAUCGACUUACUCAAUAGUUCAUGUAUUUCAUCAGCUGGAAAAAGGCGUAAAAAACAUUUAUUAGGAGACAUACAAAAGGCUUUGAGAACGAUAGGUGGAUGGCACGGGUUGCAAUGUAUCCCCAAUGCAAGAGUUCCAAUUCUAAAAUUUGAGAGUAGCCUCCAGGGAAUCUCUUGUGAUCUAUCAAUUGAUAACCUGCAGGGCCAAAUUAAAUCCAAAAUCUUGCUUUGGAUCAGUGUGAUAGAUGCACGGUUUCGCGAUAUGGUUUUACUGGUCAAGGAGUGGGCAAAAGCACAUGAUAUAAAUAAUCCAAAAACUGGGACUUUCAACUCAUACUCUCUCAGUUUGCUUGUGAUCUUCCAUUUUCAGACAUGUGUGCCUGCAAUUUUACCACCUCUUAAAGAUAUAUACUCAGGAAAUAUUGCUGAUGAUCUUCAAGGUGUGAGGGCUACUGCAGAGAGACAUAUCGCAGAAACAUGUGCUGCGAACAUAACAAGGUUCAGGCAACAGAAAUACAGACCAGUUAAUCGAAGUUCUUUGUCUGAGCUUUUCAUUUCAUUCCUUGAAAAGUUUUCUAACAUAAGUUUGAGAGCCCCAGAGCAAGGAAUUUCUUCCUAUACGGGACAGUGGGAGUUCGUAAGGAUGAGAUUGUUGCCCAAAACUUAUGCAUUAUUUAUUGAGGAUCCUUUUGAGCAGCAAGAAAAUUCCGCUAGGGCUGUUAGCAGGAGUAAUUUGACAAGGAUAUCUGAAGCAUUCCAGACGACCCACCGUAGGCUUAUUACAGCCAAUCAGAGUCAGGGUUUUCUCCUCCUUGACGAACUAGUCCGACCACAAAUAUCACGAUAUAUUCCCAGAGCACCUGCUCGGAACCCAACUGACAAUGGCAGGUACUACCACCAGUACCAGUACCAGCAACACCCAACUCGUUCUCAGGUGGAGAGGACUUUACUGUCAACAACUUCACAGCAAUUUCGGAACUUGAGGUUGGAAAGCCGGUCCAGCAGUUCAACUCUGCAAAAUCACAAUCAAGGACAGCAUAUGUGGAGAGCGAGAUCGGAUCGAUAGGUGCCAUCAGUUUUCGUUUAACCAAACAGCUUUUUACUGCAAAAGUUUGUUGUUUCUUGUGAAAAGUUGUUAUAUUGAACACCAAGGUGUUUUACUGCAUACAAUUGUUUUGACAUUAUAUGCUGCCCCCCUGCCAAAUCAAUUGAGAAACAGAUUCUCUUGUGUGAUUUAUUUUGCGGUUUCUUUCUUAAAAAUCAAAGUUGCAUCCGAUGCUGUUAAA